CAAAUUUGAUAGAGAGUUUAUCGAGUGGCCCUGCAGGUGGAAUCUCAAUGGCCACGCUUAGCUUCGGCAUCGCCACGACAUGUCUGAGUGCUGCCGCUGAUUAUCGUAGAAGAAGCAACUGGAAAUGGAGCAGACCCAGAAUUGUGUGUGUUGGAUGGGACCCGGAAGGCGUGCUUGGUCCACCCCAAACUGGGCACCUCGCCAGGUUCGAGUUUAAGAGGCGCCUCGAGAGAGACGCAGAUGCCCGCGAAGCCUUCCAACGUCAAGUCCGUGAAGAGAAAGAACGCCGUCAAUCCCUUCGACAAUCUCGUCCUCUUCCCGAUACUCCGCAAGACCUCAUUGAAUACUUCCUUGACACUGAAGCUCAGGAGAUUGAGUUUGAGAUUGCAAGAAUGAGACCAAGAUUGAAUGAGGAAUUCUUUGCGCAACUCAAAUUCGAGUUAGGACAGCUUCGAUUCGCUGUUAACAAAACACAGCUCAUGGAGGACAGACAGAUUGAGCUGGAGGCUCUAGAGAAAGCCAUACUAGAAGGAUUAGAAGCCUAUGAUAAGAUGCAAGGUGAACUCGUAAAAGCCAGGGCAAGCCUAACCAAAAUCUUGACAUCAAAGGAUGCCAAAGCAACUUUGCUGGAGAUGGUUGAAAAGAAUGAAAUUAAUAGAUCUUUAUUGGCACUUCUAGAUGAAAACAUAGCAAGUGCACAAAAGGGCAACCAGAAACAGGCUGCAGAAUAUAUGGAGAAGCUCCGCGGGGCUGUUCUUCGGUACAUUACAGUUUAGUGCAUAUAGUACGUUUCUUCCCACUUUACUAUUAAGUUUUGUGAAAAUUGUGCUGUUGAUCAGAAAGACAAUACUAAAGAACUGGGAUGUUGUGGUAGCAGAUUUCUCCACUGUAAUAUCAGAAGUAUCAAAUUGUACAUUUUGAUACGACUUGUGCAUCUUUUGUUGAAAUUUUUAUGAAAAUUGAUUUUAAAAUCGCAAUAUACAGCAGUACAGUUCAUGUUA